AUGGAGUCCAGCAUCGACCAGGUGGCCGCCAAGUGUGGCAAGCAGCUGGACACGUUCCAGCGCUGCAUCCUCGCCAACCAAAAGGAUCCGGGAGCGUGCGAGCCGUACAAGGUCGAGCUGUCGAGGUGUGCCGCCAACGCCGUGCCGCUGCUCCACGAGGUCAAGUCGCGCUGCUCGCCCCAGGUCUUGGCCUACGACCGCUGCCUCGCCCAGUUCACCUCACAGGGCGACGAGGCCGUCGAGAAGAACUGCACCCCGCGCCUGCGCGACCUCUGGCUCUGCACCGAAAAGGUCAAGAGGGACGUCGAAGAGAGGGACAACAGCGACGUCCGCAAGAGCAAGCAACAGGGCAAGGCCGCCCUCGAGUCGGCCUAG